AUGACAAAGUCCGUCUGCAUCAUCGGCGCUGGCCCGUCUGGCUUAGUUGCGGCCAAGACUCUCCUUCAUGCCGCUCCCAAGGGCACAUUUAGUGUCACGGUCCUCGAGAAGGCCAGCCGCGUCGGAGGGAUGUGGGCGCUACAAAAGGGUGAGAUUGGAGAGAAAUGCAGCCCGGGCAUGGCAACAAACCUCAGUCGGUUCACCGUGGCCUUCUCAGAUCUAAGCUGGAAUAGCGUUGAUCUGGCAGAGGGUACGCACGAUAUGACGGAAACGAGGAAUGGCAAUCUAGACCCGGGUACGAGGCAAAUCCCUAUGUUUCCCAAGGCAUGGCAAGUUGGACGAUAUCUCCAAAACUAUGCUUCGGAGUUCAUACCAUCCAGCUGCAUCUCCUUGAACUCACGUGUCACGAGCGCCGAACAUGUUGAGCAUGAAGGAGGCGAGAAGUGGAAGGUAGUCUGGGCCACCCCGCGGAAUCCUGGCACUCCAGUCUCCGGAUACCUGUCUGAGGACCAGAUUACACAGCCGCUUCAAGGCCUCGCCGUCCACGAGAGCCUCUUCGAUCACCUGAUCAUUGCCUCGGGAUUCUUCUCAGAGCCAAGGCCACUGAAGCUGGAAGUUCCGCUCAAUCAAGAGGCACAGCCAAACUUGCCAUCGAAAUUAAUCCACAGCUCGAAAUUCCGUAAGCUUGAGGACUUGCUACCAGAAGCCCAUCAGGGCGGUGGAAACGUAGUUGUGAUUGGAGGCGGCAUGUCUGGCGUAGAAGCUGCUGCCACUGCUGCAUUCAAGAUCUCAAGUGCUUGCUAUUCACCUUCAAGAUCAACCAAGUUCGACAAUCUCAAAGUGCAUCAUGUUUCAUCCCGUCCAUUCUAUGCCAUUCCGCGAUAUCUGCCGCAAGAAUUGGACCUUAGAUCAGCUCCGACUUUUGCACCCUUGGACCUUUGCUUCUACGAUUUGGGACGCAGACCAGAAGGUCCGAUCAUGGCAAUGAACGGCCUGAUGACGAGUGAGCGAGCCGCUAAGACGCACAAGUUCUUACGAGCAAUGCUGGGCGGAGGGCCAGCGGAUCAAGGAUACUCAACAAUGGAUCAUACCGCAGAUGAGGCAAAUAUGCCGGCAUACGUUGCUAUCAGUGACAACUAUACUGAGUUCGUCCGGAGCGAAUUGAUUGUACCUAUCAGAGGGCGCGCAACGAAAAUGGAGGUCGCUGCGGAUGUUGAGAGGCCUGGCGAAAGCCGAUUAAGGCUCGAGGUUGAGAGCGACAUGGCCGGUGGCAGUAAGCAAAACGAUAGCAACGUUACGAUCCCCAACGUCGUGGGCAUCAUCUACGCCACCGGCUUCUAUCCCUACCCCUCCAUCAGCUAUCUCUCGCCUGUUGUCCGGGAGGUACUAGAAUACGAUUGCAGCUGUCAUCGCCUUCCUCUGUUGCUCAGCGGAAUGUGCACCUGUCACGACCGGAUACCCUCCCUCGGCUUCGUCGGGUUCUACGAAGGACCGUACUGGGGGGUUAUGGAGCUGCAAGCGCGUGCCAUUGCAGCGAGGUGGGCUGAAGUGGGCAAUGAGAAGCCCGCUGAUGCUCACGUACACGGGAAUCGUAAGACAGAAAGCUCAGGAGAAGCAUCGACUGAAGAAGGCAGAGAUAGCAACACAGAGCUCGGCUGGUUGCGCACGCUAAGAGGGGCAGUGCUCCAGUGUUCCACUUCAGUCCCGCAAUACUGGAUGGGCGACUACGUGGGCAUUAUGGAAAGUCUCGCAGCCAAUCUCUCUAUAACGCGAGACGACUCUGGCUUCAGUGGCCGCGCGGGGCCUUGCAUACCCGCCCGUUAUACGGAUGGCGCUGGGGCCGACCGCCGCGACGCUCAGUUGCAGCUGGAAGACCUGCGCUCCACUCUUUCCGCGACCAAACACAACGCGCGGUUCGUUGCGGCCGCCGCGUUCCGCGGCUUACAGGGGAAAUGGACCCUCCGCCGCCGACUGGACUCGAAACUCGCUGGCUUCCCAUCCGGCAAGCUGGACGGCCAAGCGGACUUCUUUUCCCGACUGCCAACGGCUUCGGGGUUCGAUGCGGAGUACCUGUAUGUCGAGUCUGGCACCUUUACCCUCGAGAAUGGGAUGCAGUUGAGCGCGACGAGGAGAUACGUGUAUCGUUACCGUGAAGACAAGGAUCAGAUAUCUGUGUGGUUCGUUAAGGAAGAUGGGAGGAGCGUGGACUAUUUGUUCAACGAGAUGAGGUUCCGGGCGAGGCGCGAGCCUUCUGAACGGGGUGACCAAGGCGCCGAGGCUAGAGACCGAAAUGUAGAUAGGGGAUGGAUUGCGAUAGGUGAUCAUCUGUGCGAGAAGGACAUGUAUGAGAGCGAGGCUGAGUUCAUGUUUCGAGGCGCGAGGCUGCCGACCUUUUGCAUCAAAUACGUAGUCAAGGGGCCAAGGAAGGACUAUAUAAGCGAGACUUGGUACGACCGGUAG